CGCAGUGAUAGGCAGAGGAAACAGUGCGCAUACAGCUGGUGACCUCUGACCUUCCUGCAGAGCGGUCGCACCGGAAGAAAAGAGAGAAAGCUACUGCUGCUCGACAGGGGCCGGGAAAGGGGUCUUUCAUGUUGAAACGCGCUACCGCUGUUAAAAAAUGCCGGUCCGAGCGCUGUGGAUCUUCGGUCACAAGCAGGGACAGCACGGCGCGGUGAAGUUCUCAAGACGCUAUCCGACGGUGGAGAAAAGAGCAAAGGCUUUUAAUAAAGCAGGCUACGUGGGCAUCCCUGAGGACGAUCACCUCCUCAAAUCAUUGCUUCUUGAACUGGGGCUGAACGAUGAAAGUAGAAACUUUGUUGAGUAUAGAGACAGUUGCUCCAGAAUCAGCAAAACAAAUGUGCACACCGUGUCUGUUUCAGAAGGUAAACUUUGGCCUGUGCUCGCUAUUCAAAAUGCUGACUUUAUAUACGCUUGUUUACCUUUGGUGGAGCAGACCCUGGAACCCCCGCCACCUUUAAUGAGCAUAAACAGCAUCUCGGAAGCUUUUUCUCUUCUUUCUGGGAUCAUGUUAUUUAUUCAUUUUGGGCAGAAUACCGAAGCAGAUGUUUCGUCGAAGUUGACCCAGCUCCAUGCUUUAAUAACGCAGGCUUGUCCAUUGGGAUCACCAAUUGAUGCAAACUUGAUUGCUUUACAAGAAGCCAUCGGUGGUUUAUCAGCGUAUCAGACUCAUAAAUCCCCAGCUUGGAGAACCAGCCGACAGAAGGGUAAACCUCAAAUUGAAGUGCAUAUCACAGAGAAAGUAAAGUCUACGCUGUAUGACAAGGGGGAUGAUAGUGACAUGUGGCAGGUGUGCGGAACUGUGACCUGCAAGUGCAAUUUAGAAGCAAUCACUCCAAAUGUAAUAGUCGGCUUGAGUCUUCCUGCCAACGGCUCACCACUUCAGGAUAUCCUGGUCCAUCCCUGUGUGACUUCCGUCGAUUCUUCCAUGUUGAUCUCGAGCAGUGUUGCAAUAGCUGAUGAUUCGGCAUUCAAUGGACCCUACAAGUUUCCACUGGUUCCUCCCCUAGAGUCAUUCCAUUUGUGUUAUUACACAUCACAGGUACCCGUCCCCCCUAUUUUGGGGUUUUACCAGCUGAUUGAAGACGGUUGCCAAAUACAGAUAUCCGUUAAAUUAAAACUUCAUGAAAGUGUGAAGAACGUGUUUGAUCACUGUGAAGCUCAUAUACCAUUUUUCAACAAGGGUCACAUAAAGCAUUUUGAAUACAAGGUUAGCUAUGGCCAGUUAGAAUUAUCGAGAGAGAAGAGUCGUUUGGUUUGGGCAAUAGGUCAGAAGUUUCCCAAAUCGUUAGAAAUCUCUCUUUCUGGAACAGUGACUUUCAGUUCUGAAGAGCACCCUGAUGACCCUGUAGACCCCAUAUGUGUUGGAAAUACAGCCUAUGUUAAACUUUCUUUUAGAAUCUUGGACUACACGCUCACUGGAUGUUACGCGGACCAGCAUUCAAUCCAAGUUUUCUCGUCCACAAAGCCAAAAAUCCUUACAUCUCGGGAACUCAUUUCCUCCGAGUACUAUAUCUGGAACUCCAAAGCUCCUGCACCAAUUGUAUGGAGAUCGUUUUUUGCAUAAAUAUUGCUAUGAUCUAAUUUGUCAAAACAUUUCUAAUAAAAUUAUUUUAAAAUACAAA